GCCGGGCGGGAGCCACGGGGCCCCGCGCGGUCCCUCCAGCGCUUCGGGCCCGGGCCGGGACCCGGCCGCCGGCGAUGACCCCGGACUUGAGGCGGUCGAUGUGACAGGAUGGGGGUGGACUUUGACGUGAAGACUUUUUGCCACAACCUGCGGGCCACCAAGCCCCCCUAUGAGUGCCCGGUGGAGACCUGCCGCAAAAUCUACAAGAGUUACAGUGGCAUCGAGUAUCACCUCUACCACUACGACCAUGACAACCCACCCCCACCCCAACAGACGCCCAUCCGGAAGCACAAGAAGAAGGGCCGCCAGUCGCGCUCGGCCAACAAACAGUCGCCCAGCCCCUCGGAGAUCUCGCAGUCCCCGGGCCACGAGGUGAUGACCUACGCCCAGGCUCAGCGCAUGGUGGAGGUGGACUUGCACGGCCGGGUGCACCGCAUCAGCAUCUUCGACAACCUGGAUGUGGUGUCGGAGGACGAGGAGGCGCCCGAGGAGGCGCCCGAGAACGGCAGCAACAAGGAGAACACCGAGACCCCCACGGCCACCCCCAAGGCGGGCAAGCACAAGAACAAGGAGAAGCGCAAGGACUCUAACCACCACCACCAUCACCACCACCACCACCACCACCACCACAGUGCUUCAGCUGGCACUACCCCAAAGCUCCCCGAGGUGGUGUACCGGGAGCUAGAGCAGGACACUCCAGACGCCCCACCGCGUCCGACCUCUUACUAUCGGUAUAUUGAGAAGUCGGCCGAGGAGCUGGAUGAGGAAGUGGAGUACGACAUGGACGAGGAGGACUACAUCUGGCUGGACAUCAUGAACGAGCGUCGGAAGACCGAAGGGGUGAGUCCCAUCCCCCAGGAGGUCUUCGAGUACCUGAUGGACCGGCUGGAGAAGGAGUCGUACUUCGAGAGCCACAACAAAGGGGACCCGAGCACCCUGGUGGACGAAGACGCCGUGUGCUGCAUCUGCAACGACGGCGAGUGCCAGAACAGCAACGUCAUCCUCUUCUGCGACAUGUGCAACCUGGCCGUUCACCAGGAGUGCUACGGCGUCCCUUACAUCCCCGAGGGCCAGUGGCUCUGCCGCCGCUGCCUGCAGUCUCCUUCGCGGGCCGUGGACUGCGCCCUCUGCCCCAACAAAGGGGGCGCCUUCAAGCAGACCGACGACGGGCGCUGGGCCCACGUGGUCUGUGCCCUGUGGAUCCCCGAGGUCUGCUUUGCCAACACGGUGUUCCUGGAGCCCAUCGACAGCAUCGAGCACAUCCCUCCCGCCCGCUGGAAACUGACCUGCUACAUCUGUAAGCAGCGGGGUUCGGGGGCCUGCAUCCAGUGCCACAAGGCCAACUGCUACACUGCCUUCCACGUGACCUGUGCCCAGCAGGCCGGCCUCUACAUGAAGAUGGAGCCCGUCCGAGAAACCGGCGCCAACGGCACCUCCUUCAGCGUGCGGAAGACCGCCUACUGUGACAUCCACACCCCGCCAGGCUCCGUGCGCCGCCUGCCCGCCCUCUCCCACAGCGAGGGAGAGGAGGAGGAAGAGGAGGAGGAGGAGGAGGGCAAGGGCUGGAGCUCGGAGAAGGUGAAGAAGGCCAAGGCCAAGUCGAGGAUCAAAAUGAAGAAAGCCCGGAAGAUCCUGGCCGAAAAGCGAGCCGCGGCCCCCGUGGUGUCGGUGCCCUGCAUCCCCCCUCACAGGCUCAGCAAGAUCACCAACCGCUUAACUAUCCAGAGGAAGAGCCAGUUCAUGCAGCGGCUCCACAGUUACUGGACGCUGAAGCGGCAGUCCCGGAACGGGGUGCCCCUGUUGCGCCGCCUACAGACCCACCUCCAAUCCCAGAGGAACUGCGACCAGCGUGAUUCCGAGGACAAGAACUGGGCCUUGAAAGAACAGCUGAAAUCAUGGCAGCGCCUCCGUCACGACCUGGAGCGAGCCCGGCUGCUGGUGGAACUUAUCCGCAAGCGGGAGAAACUCAAGAGAGAGACGAUUAAGGUGCAGCAGGUGGCCCUGGAGAUGCAGCUGACUCCCUUCCUCAUCCUCCUUCGCAAGACCCUGGAGCAGCUCCAGGAGAAGGACACAGGCAGCAUCUUCAGCGAGCCAGUCCCUCUGUCUGAGGUUCCCGACUACCUCGACCACAUCAAGAAGCCAAUGGACUUUUACACCAUGAAGCAGAACCUGGAGGCUUAUCGCUACCUGAACUUUGAUGAGUUUGAGGAGGACUUUAACCUGAUCGUCAGCAACUGCCUCAAGUACAAUGCCAAGGACACCAUCUUCUAUCGGGCGGCGGUGCGGUUGCGGGAGCAGGGGGGAGCCGUGCUGCGCCAGGCCCGCCGCCAGGCUGACAAGAUGGGCAUUGACUUCGAGACGGGCAUGCACUUCCCCCACUGCCUUCCCGGCGACGAGGCCCUGCUCCACGCCGAGGACGAGGAAGAGCGGCUGCUGCUGUCGGAGAACCAGAAACACCUCCCGCUGGAGGAGCAGCUGAAGCUCCUGCUGGAGCGGCUGGACGAGGUGAACACCGGCAAACAGAGCGUCAGCCGCUCUCGCCACGCCAAGAUGAUCAAGAAAGAGAUGACCAUGCUGCGCAGGAAGCUAGCCCACCAGCGGGAGGCCAGCCGGGACGGGCUGGAGCGGCAUGGCUCAGCGGGGAGGGGCACCCUGCAGUAUCACACCCCCUGCGAAAAGGAUGGCCAGACGGACAGUGCAGCAGAGGAGAGCAGCAGCCAGGAGACGGGCAAAGGGCUGGGUCCCAAUUCAUCGUCAACUCCGGCGCAUGAGGUCGGCAGAAGGACCUCGGUCCUGUUUUCCAAGAAAAACCCCAAGACGGCUGGACCUCCCAAGCGUCCAGGACGGCCCCCCAAGAACCGGGAUGGCCAGCUCGCCCCCGGCCACGGAAACAGCCCCGUGGGGCCCCCCCAGCUCCCCGUCAUGGGGUCCCAGCGGCAGCGUAAGAGGGGGAGGAGCCCCCGGCCCAGUUCAAGCUCUGACAGUGACAGCGACAAGUCCACCGAGGACCCCCCAAUGGACUUACCGGCCAACGGAUUCAGCACGGGGAACCAGCCUGUGAAGAAGAGUUUCCUGGUGUACCGCAAUGACUGCAGCUUGCCCCGCAGCAGCUCCGACUCCGAGUCCAGCAGCAGCAGUAGCAGCAGCGCCGCCUCGGACCGCACCAGCACCACACCCUCCAAGCAGGGCCGGGGCAAACCCUCCUUCUCCCGGGGGACUUUCCCAGAGGACAGCAGCGAGGACACCUCGGGCACAGAGAAUGAAUCUUACUCUGUAGGCGCUGGGCGCGGAGUGGGGCACAGCAGUAAGUAUCGAGCCUGGGUACGGGGGGGCCCGGGGAGGCCCGGGCCUCGCCCGGGGCCCCUGGCUCCCGACUCCUUCGGCUCUUUCCCCGCAGUGGUGAGAAAAAGUCUGGGCCGGGGCGCUGGCUGGCUGUCGGAGGAUGAGGACUCCCCGCUGGAUGCCCUGGACCUGGUGUGGGCGAAGUGUCGGGGAUACCCCUCGUACCCAGCGCUGAUCAUUGACCCGAAGAUGCCGCGGGAGGGCAUGUUCCAUCACGGGGUGCCUAUCCCGGUGCCCCCACUGGAGGUGUUGAAGCUCGGGGAACAGAUGACCCAGGAAGCCCGGGAGCACCUCUACCUCGUCCUCUUCUUUGACAACAAGCGAACCUGGCAGUGGCUCCCCCGGACCAAGCUGGUACCGCUGGGUGUGAACCAGGACUUGGACAAAGAGAAGAUGCUGGAAGGCCGCAAGUCCAACAUCCGCAAAUCAGUGCAAAUCGCCUACCACCGGGCCCUGCAGCACCGCAGCAAGGUCCAAGGCGAGCAGAGCAGUGAGACGAGUGAUAGUGACUAACUAGUGCUGCCAGGUGCAGCGUGCCGUCCCCC